ACAUACAAAGUCUUAAUUGAUAACAAAGAGGAGUUAUCCGGUACAUUGGAGGAGGAUUUUGAACUUCUUCCACCCAAGGAAAUCAAAGAUCCGAAUGCAAAAAAACCCGAAGAUUGGGUUGAUUUGGUCGAAAUUCCUGAUACCGAUGACGUCAAACCUGCCGAUUGGAUAGAUGGCCCGGCCACCAUACCUGACCCCGAAGCAAAGAAACCGGAUAGCUGGGAUG